GUUCUCCGUAGUGGCGGUUUAUUGGCUGCAGGCGGACCACAAAACAAAACAGCGACAACAACUUCAGUUAUUGAUUUAUCCUCCAGGCGCCGUCAUGGAGGAGGUGACCCGUCUGGUGUCGACCGGAGACUGUGUGAAGAUCUGGGAUUCAGUGUCUAUGGCGCCGCUGGAGCAGUUUAACCCACACAGCAUCAGCCACCCUGUGACUCAGGCCUGCUGGAGCUCCAACAACCAGUACCUGGUGAGCGCCAGCAGCAGUGGAGACAAACUGGUGGUUUCCAGCCUCAAGUCGACUCCUGUUCCAGUGGUGGAGCUGGGCGAUGGGAAAAAGCAAACCCGCGUGUGUCUGAGCACGUCGUCUCAGUUUCUGGUCAGUGGAGGUCUGGAUCACUGUGUUCACAUCUGGGACCUGAAGACCAAGAGACUGCACCGCUCCCUCAAGGACCAUAAAGAAGAGGUGACCUGUGUGUCCUUCAACGCCAAUGACAGCUACAUUGCCUCCGGUUCCACCAGUGGAGAUCUGGUCCUCCACAGUCUGACCACCAACCUGUCCAGCAAAGCCUUUGGCCACGGCAGCAACCAGCCCAUCCAUGACCUGAGGCUGUCCAUGUUGAAGCGCUCCCUGCUGGGCAGUGUUUCUGACAGCGGCACAGUGGUGCUGUGGGACUCCAACACCCAGAAGGAGAUCCACAUGUUUGACAGUGCCCAUAAAGCCCCAGGGUCCGGUUUGGCCUUCUCCCCUGCCAGUGAGCUGCUGGUGGUCAGUGUUGGCCUGGACAAGAAGAUCGUGUGCUAUGACACGGCCAGCAAGAUUGUCCUGAGGUCAAUCCGGGUCGACAGUCCACUGACCGCAGUAGACUUCACUCUGGAUGGUACUGGUCUGGUGGUGGGAUCCACUCAGGGGAAAAUCUACCAUUACGACCUGAGGAACUCCAGCACCCCCACCAAGAUCACUGUGGCACAUAAAACCUCUGUCACCUGCCUGCGCUUCCAGAGCAACCCCAGCAGACUCAAGUCCACUAAACUGGGCUCCACCAAGAUCACCAGCAUGAAGAGAUCCUCCACCAAGCUGUCAAACAGCCAGCCAGACCCCGCCCCUGCCUCAGGCCCCGCCCCUGUCAGACAGGUGACAAGCACAGCAGGCGGCGCUGCUGCAGAGGUGAUGUCGCGGGAGGCUGAAGGCCAGCCGGGGAUGGAGAAGUUCAGCAGCAUCGGACGAAACAGUCUGGACGUCUUCUCUCCUGCUCGGGAAGACUGUAGGACCCAGGGGACAUCUGGAGACACACCGUUUGGAAGAGCAAAUGUGAUCAAUCUGGAGAUGCUGUCCAGAGAAGGGGAGGGUCAGCAGGUCGUAGGUCGGGCCAGUCUGGACAUCUUCUCCCCAGUCAGAGAAGACUCUCAUUCAGGCACAAACUCACACCGUAAGACUCCCCUGGGAACGCCUCUGGUCACCUCUGCAGGGCGAUGCUACAGCCCGCUGUCCGUCUUCCAGACCCCUCCACCGAUCAAAGAGGAGGAGCCGAUCCCUGCUGCAGCAGCUGAAAUAUGCGACUCCAGAAAGUCCGACAAGGCCAGCAGCUCCAGCCUGGAGGGGGAGGGUCAGGCCACGCCCACAUCAUCCCAGCAGACCAAUCACAGUCAGCCGGCUCCACCCUUCUUCACUCCAGAGCCCAGCCUGAGGAGAGCCAAUGGUAUCCAAGCUCAGCUGAGCUAUGACUCACCUGUCCAGGGAGCUCCUCCCACAUCUACAGCAGGUGCAGCUCUGUCGGCAGCUGUCUCUUCCUCACUCUCCCAGAACAUCGCAGACGUGGUUGGACAGGCAGGAGCUGCUCCGCUCACCUCCCUGCAGAUUCACUUCAUCCAAAACAUGAUUCAUGAAACUCUGGAGGACUUCAGAGACGCCUGUCACAGAGACAUUGUCAACCUGCAGGUCGAGAUGGUUCGACAGUUUUACAUCCAGCUGAAUGAGAUCCAUGGUCUGAUCGAGAAAUACUCAGUGAACGAGUCUCUGGUGGAGGAGGUUGAGAGGCUCAGAGAGGAGAACCGCCGGCUGAAGACCAACUACUGACUCUCCCAUUCAGAGCAUGUUCAACUGUGCUGCCCUCAAUCGAGCCCCUCAUCCUGGACUGUGUCCCUCCUACAGCAAGGUUAUAUUUGUCUUACACAUGGUCAGGGGAUGUGGUUUGAAUCUGUUGAUGGUAGUCUCUUAACCUGAGGCCAGAAAGUCUUCAGUCAGAAUAGAGCUGAAGUGGAGAACACUGCCUUCCUGUUGCCCUCGCUGCUGCCUGCUGACUGAAGAGGACAAACAGAGAGCUGCUUUAUUUUCUCCAUCACUGCCUCCAUCAGACAGACUGUGGUGGCUGAACACCAGCAGUGCCUCUUGGUGCUGACAACAACUGCAGCAUCACAGAUUUGAGUGAAGUUGUUUGUUUUGUAGUUAAAGAACAAAGAUAGUGUCAUAAAAUGUCCAUGAACUCAUUUAAACAUCUUUGAGAAUCGUAUGUUUAAAAACAGAUUUUGAACAGUUUAAUCGUCAGUCUGAGGGACAUUUUGUCACAUUAUCAGCAGCUGUGAACUUAAAGCAGCUGGAUGCUUCAUGUGUGCCUGUAUCAUGUUUAUAUUCAUGAGAAACAUUUUGUCUAAAAAAUAAAGUUAUUCAUAUUGAAAAAUGA